GAAACACAUCAGACAGAUCAGAAUUAGAAUAGAACCCAUUUGUUUUGCUCGCAUGUAUACAUAAUAUCUCCAUUAGUUUGUGCCACAAACUUGUAAAACCUCUGAAUAAGGAUCAUCGGAAUAAGAUUCUUAUUCAGAGUAAAACGUAGUGGUUAAAUCUUCUUUGCACCAACUUUACAGUGAUGCUAUAGUUUGUGGCUCGCAUGAUCGCAUACAUUUUAAUCAAAGAAAUGUGUUUUUCUAUUACUUAUAUAUUUAGACCUAUAAAAAUGGAAAAUGAAUGAAAACAACGACAUUAAUAAUUUUAUUCCUUCACUAUUAAAUCCAAGAUCUGUAAAGAAAGAUAAAACGGGUCUAUCGCUAACACAGAAUUCUGUUACCAGCCGCUGUUCUUUAUCAUUGAGGAAAAAUAAUGGCUUAAACAAGAUUAAUACAUCACAGAAGCUCCACACUGUCGACAAAGAAAAUUCCCAAAAUGUUAAUAACUUAACCAAAAUUAAUUUAAAAACAAAGCUUCCGAAAAAUUGUCUGACAAAUACAGAAAUCACGGAUAUCGGAAGCGUAAAUUUCUCAGCAAUUGAAGAUCUGGAUACAGUGAAGAUCAGUCAGGAUUUUAGUCCAUUAAGUUGCUUAGAACAUAGGCAACCAAUUGUAGAUGAUAAGUCCAAAAAUAUUAACGAAUCUCUAAUAUCAAUUUCAUCAGCAACAGAUCUAAUUGAUGAUGGCAAUGAUGAAACAGUUGUUUAUGAUUAUCAUGAUGAUAUGCCGAAAGUAUCAGUAUCAUUUGGAGUAAAACAUUCCAAAGCAGUCGAUGUUAGUACCAACAAAAGUUGUCUUAAGCGAAUAUAUUUCUCGACUGUUAAUGGAUACACAUCAGUAGAUUGCGAUAUUAUAGAGUGCUCCCAAAUUUCUUCGGAUAGUAAUCUCGAUGAAAAUAUGAAUGAAACUGUUUUGCUCAGUCCACGUGAAAAGGCGGCAGUAGCUGUCAACUUAGAAAUCAAAAGAAAGAAGGUGUCAAACUACUCUAUGGAAAACUCAAAAGUUCUAAUUUUGAACACUAAUGCUAUUGAGAAUCUCACCCAUGUCAUCGUUCAGCCACCAAAUUAUAAAUUAGUGAAACGCCAAAUAUUGAAUAAACGUAAAAUUAAUAGCGGUGUUAAAAAGAAAUCUAUUAAAUCUCCACUCAAGAAUGGGCAAAGUGGUGACAAAUUGAAACAAAGAUACAUAGAGGAAUAUUUUUCUGGUAAAACCAAUGUUUGCAAUUUGAAGCUAACUGACGUUAGAGUAGUCGAUGAGAGUGGUGAUAACAUUGUAACUCGUGAUGUAGACCAGGAAAUGAGCAAGACUUUGGGUGUCGCAGACGCCGUGAAAUGCGAUCGUAUUGGUAAAGGGUCUUGUAAAAUUCGGCGUGAUAAUGAAUCUCCAAGGCCUUGCAAGCCUGCUUCUAGGCGAAGUUGUGAGUCUCCUAGGCACCAGGACAUCAAAACCUCAUGCUCUGACACACCUCAUUUACUUUCACCAAAGCAGAAAAAUGAAAGUUUAAGGUCGCAUUCGCCCAGAAAAAAUGUGGACUCCAUACAGUUUAGUUUAUCUUCUAAAACCAAAUCGAUAAAAAGCUCUAAUACGCCCAGAAGUAUUCCACACCAUAAAAUUGUAGCAGGAACACAUUUUGCCGUGGACGCUUUUUCCUACGGAGACAUACCUAACGUUAAACAUUAUUUCUUGACCCACUUUCAUUCGGAUCACUAUUCAGGGUUGAAGAAAGGAUUCAAUAAAUUAUUGUACUGUUCUAAAAUCACCGCUGAACUCUGCAUGUCCCGGUUAGGAGUUAACGCAAAAUACAUUCAUAUUAUAAACCCCGAUGAGUCCAUGCGUGUAGAAGGCGUGGAGGUGAUGGCUGUGGACGCCAACCACUGUCCUGGCGCAUUGAUGUUGGUAUUCACAUUGCCUAACGGGAAAACAUUACUCCACACUGGAGAUUUUAGAGCCACACCUGCCAUGGAGUCGUAUCCUAUAUUUUGGAAUAGGGACAUUCACACUGUUUAUCUAGAUACUACGUACUGUAAUCCGCACUACGACUUCCCUACACAGGACCAAAGUUUGGAAAUGGCUUUGUAUCUACUGCGACAAAAGAAGACGGCAUUGGAACAGAACGGGAAAAAGUUCUCGUCUGUUUUGAUUGUAUGCGGGACUUAUACUAUUGGCAAGGAGAAAUUCUUCUUGGGCAUGGCUCGGCGUGUGGGUUGUUCCGUAUGGGCUUGCCCAGAGAAGGACAGAGUACUGCAAGCUGUAGAAGGACACAGUUUCAGCCACGCCUCGCCACAAUCCUGUCAGCUGCACGUGGUGCCGAUGCGAGAUCUGACGCACGAGGUUAGAAAGAUAUUAUAUAAGUUUGUUUAUAGAAAGAAGGACAGAGUAGUGCAAGCUGUAGAAGGACACAGUUUCAGCCACGCCUCGCCUCAAUCCUGUCAACUGCACGUGGUGCCGAUGCGAGAUCUGACGCACGAGAAACUGCGCCGCUAUUUGGACAGUCUACAAGGAGCUUUCCACGAGAUAGUCGCGUUCAAGCCAAGCGGAUGGGAGAACGGAAAGAAUUCUUCAGUCGAGAAGGACAUGGUCACUAUUCAUGGUAUACCAUAUAGUGAGCACUCCAGCUUCUCCGAGCUGAUAAGAUUCGUGAAAUUCCUGAAGCCAAAGCAAGUUGUGCCCACUGUCGAUAUCUCUGGAGGAAUCAAAGCUGUUCAGAAAUACUUUCCUUGCCCGCUGGUAUAUAAAGAGGACAUACAAUGCCAAAGCAAACUGACUGAAUUCUUCAGUAUACAACAUCGACAACAAGUACCUGCUGUGACUUGAACAUUUAGAUCUACGCCAUAUCGAAUAUUUGAUAAGCUGCUAUUAUUUGCGUAACUGUGAUGUAAUUUCUGAUGUUAUUUUUAGAAUAUUGUAUUUUUUUAAACUGUUGAUAUGUAAUAAAAAAAUGUUAAACAUCGGUUGCCUAUAUCAUUUAAAUAUGUAAGUUUUUCCGUCACACAAUCAGGCGAGAUAAUUGAGUGGAAUUGAUAGGUACGUAGGUACUAUAAUUUUAGUGAGUGCUUUAGUGUGGAAAUAUUAAUUUCAAUUCUUUACAUCGAUUGCUUUUACGCUGAUCUUUAUCAAUGCAAUGAAAUCGAAAAAGUUACCCUUGUAGCUGACUUGAUUUAAUUAUAGUUUAUCCUUAAUCAAGAGAUUAAAAAGGAAGAUAAAUAAAAUACUCGGAUACACGUUAACUUGUUUAAUACUU